UCUUCUCACCCUUCAGGAGAGCGAAAUACUUUACAGGGAGGAAUGGCCAGCAAACCUGACACUGAAAGUCAAUGAAACUCUCGAACUUUAUUUCUCUUUUGCUGAAAUAUUGGAGGACAAUAGGAACAUUACUGUCUACGCGAAACACGGCUACUUAGUCGGGAUAAGUUUUAAUACAGAAUGUAUUCUUGAGACUGUCUCGCUACAACUGCUCGACCAUCUCUGGAUGUGUCGGUGUCUGAGAUGGAAUGUCGGCAACUACAGCUUUCAGAAAGUCGUCGAGAAGAAAGAUUCUGGAACCUGGCUUUUGCAGUUCUUGGACAAAGGAGCCGAAUUUAAAGAGACUUUAUACAUCAUUGCACAAGAUAACGACGACAGAGAGGAAACAAACAACAGCACCAUCACAACCAUCACAUCAAUAACCACCACCAACAUCGUCAUCAUUGCCUGCAGUGGCACAGUUGUCAUCAUUUCUGUUAUCAUAGUGGUCGUCUGUUGCUGCCGAUGGCGAAGCAGAAAAGCAGCAAGGACCGCGGGUACAGGUCCAGAGGGCAACAUCGAGGUGGCCACCCGCUCCAGGGGCGGUAGGUGCAUACAGCAGAGAGACAGCACUGCCUACACGUCACCUGCAUCCGUGAUGACCCUGCGUGAGUACGCCGGCAUCAUGACCCCGCAGCAGCUACAGCAGCAAACUGAGUUUUGUUCCGAAUCAUCGUCCAACGAGAACAUCUACGGAAACAUCAGCUACCCUGUAAAGCAAAAUAGAUGGAAGAUAGGGCAGCGAUGUUCCCGCCUUGUCCGGCGAUUUCUGCCCCUGACGACCCUCUGACUCCGAGGUCAAGGUUACUGUGAAGGUUGUCCACAAGCUUCUACUGAUGACGAUGUUGGCAUCUACAGUAAUCUACAAGAGGACACCAUAUACGAAAAUUUCUCUCAUGUCACCCAGUCACGUGACGUGAAGUGAGCUGGUAUAAGACUUUUAUUCACUUGGACACAUUAUUUGAGUCACGUGAUCCAGACCAGAUACCAAGGAACUCGGUUUAUACCUGCAUGGGAGCAAUUUCCUUAAACUCAUUGCAAUUCUAGUUCUAAUUGCACACACUUUUUAACAUAAUUUGUUUUAAUGAAAUCUUUUAAAAACCAAAAGAACCGGCAACUCUGAAUUGACUGUGGAAGGCAGUAAGAAAAAGCGGGAUAGAAAGGCUAUCCACCCUGAAUAUCCUUCAUAUUUAUUCCUUGAUUAAUAUUUUCAUAUUAUUGCACUGCAAGUAUUCCACCUAUCAUCUCUAUCCAGUAAUUAUGAAUAAAUAAUAAUAAAGAAAAAAAUGAUAAAAGAAUGCAAGUAUGGUUGACUUUGUCAAUCUAAGUUCCAACUGGAGUAUAAUGAGUUAAUUACUUUAAAAUUUCUUACGUGGACUGCAUCCAACUGUGGUCGUGGGUCGGAGUCUUUUUCGUCGUUUCUUUCAUCAUUUGAUGAGUUUCUGUUACUUUCCCUUUUCACGAGUAGACUAGUGAUUGUUACUAGUUUCCUAUUCAACUUGAUACUCUAAUUUUAUAUCAAGUUAGUUCGAAUUUUGUUAUUGUUAUUGUCGUUGUUGUUCUUAGAUUUUAUAUUCUCUUAUUUAGUGCUAAUAAGAUGUUGUUUGUGUUUGGUAACAUGUUUCCUGCAUAUUAAUUGUCCAAGAAGUGGACUUGGCCCUUACGGCUAAUGAUCAAAAUUUAUGUCACCUAAACAACUUGUGGUCAUCCCACCAUUGAAGUAACUUUUUCACCCUCUGGAUGACUGACUGUUCUGAUGACCUGUGACAUAUUUUAUAUGUCUUUGUCAAACAAAUAAAACAAAUCCCUGUACAAACUUGUAGAAUAUAUUAUUCUAUGGUGGAAUUAUAAAGAAUCAGCACUGUAUUUAAAUUUCCACUGGUCCUUAACUCAUGAAGUCCAAGCGUCAGCUAGAAAAAUGUUUCCUGAUGCUCUUGGUGUUGUUGCAACUUCCUUCUGUAAAUCAUUCCAUAUUACAGAAAAAAUGCUUGGCCAUGCCAAAGUUCUGUUUUAUAAGGGCAAACACUACAUAAGGAAACAACAGGGAUCCUGAAGCGGAAACAAACAGGAAUUGGUUCUAUGGAAUAUGAGUGAUGAUCAAGCUCGUACCCUUAAUUAUUUAAAAUCCAAACUAAGGCUUUCUUUCGUGAAAACGAGAAGAGAAGAAGGUGGACAAAGGACUAAUGGUAAAUAUUGCUUAUUUUGAAUUUUAAGAUUGUAAUUAUACAGACUUUAAUUUAUUUCUAUUUACUCCUAUUUAUUGUGAAUUUUUAGCUUAGUAUUAUGUUUAAGUAAGAGGUUACUUUUCUUAAUCUGCGAACAAAGAGUCUAGUUUUCUUAGGGAGGCGAAUGAUUCUGCCUUUUGACAUGGUUCAAAUUUAAAUUUAAAUGAAAAUUU